AUGAGAAGAGACAAUCUUUUUCUUCCACUUGAAAAGGGUGGCCUUGGCCUUGUGCAUUUGUUUGUGCGACAGUUGGUUCGAUUUUUCUACCUGAAGGAUGUGUGCCAACCAUUUCUAUUAGUGGUUAUUCGUAACCGUCUGUGUUACCACCUUCCUUUUAUUCAUGUCACAACAAGCGUUGCUAAGGAAUUGCCGUUGCGGGGAUUCCUAAAAGAAAUUGUUGAUACUGUCAGUUUUUUGAAAGCCAGGUUUACCUUAGAGUAUUUGUAUACUAUUGACAGAACAAAUUUAACCGCUGCACUUGUGAAUAACCUUUUCCCCGAACCUGUUUAUCGAAAGCCAUAUUCGCUUCUGCCUGGUCACGAUGUAUUAUUUCGUGUACGUAAAAUGUGUAUAUCUCCUUCAGCGAAAAGAUUUUUCUUUAAACUGCAAACUUCCACGCUGCCACCAGUGAAAACGUGGCUGAAUGAAAAGUCAAUAUACGUACCCUGGACAGUGAAUUGUAGACUCUGCAACCAACCUGAGACUAUAGAGCAUUGUUUUAUUCAUUGUCGUGACGCUUUUUAUUUUUGGGACAUUCUAAAAAGAACGUUAAGAAAAGAACUUCCAAUCACAGCCCAUGGUAUUAGGUUCCUUUCGUUCAAAAAGUGUCUGACUGAUAGUACUCCUUACGACUUGUUUAUGUUGUUGGGACUUUAUUCAUUAUGGAAAAGUCGCAUGAUCGAUAGACACGCCAAGCCACCACGGUCGACGAGAUCUGUCUUCCGAGAAGCAGUUGCUCAAGUGCGCAGUGUUGUUGAGAUUUUUGACCCUGUUCCGGACGUAAUUUUUCUCCCUCAAGACUACUCAGUGCUCGUCUGGGUGUUUGGAUGCCGAGGAGAACUGCUGCGGGUGGCCACAUCUAUGUCCAGCACGGCUUGGUAA